AUGCCCGCUUUUCUCUGGCUUCUGUUCUCUCUAAUUGAGCAAUAUCAUGCUAACUGUAAUGUUAAUGGGAAGAUAUAUGAAGAAGGUGUGUUUUGGCUUCAUCAAUAUUACUUUAAUGUCACGUGUUAUCAAACAAAGAUCAGGGUAAGCUUUGUGGCUCUUCAAAAAAUAAUUCUCCGCAAACUUUUUCUUGCCAAAAACAAUAGAAAUAAAAAGUUUUUUGGGCAGAAUAACACGAAAUGCCCUCAGGCGAGUUGUCACUUAAUUCCAUGCAUAUUUCUCAUAUGUCAUCCUAACUCCGCCAAAUGCAUUUCCCGGUUUUUUGAGUCAUAAAAUUUGCGCGGAAAAAAAUAAAUUAUUAUGUGAGAUACUUGAAUACCGAAUUUGCAUAAAAAUUUAAAUAAAAUAUUUUAUUAUGUAGGUGAUUAAUUGCCUGACGGAUCUGGGCACGGUGAUCCCACUGGGUACUCUCAAUUUCGAAGAGAACGGCUUUAAUUACACUUGCAAGAAUCGAUCAGCCAAUGGACAUGCCCCCAAUCUAUUUUCUCCAUUGGAACAAAUUGCAGAAGCCGAAGAAUGCCAACAAGGACAGGCUUAUUAUACUAGGGAACGAUUCGUUAUGUCCUGUGAAAGUAACCAAAUUAUCGGAUGUUCGGAUGCAUUCGGAGAUCUGGUGAAAGAAGGGUUCUUUGUGGGCGAUAGAAUGAGUUUAUGGUAUUGUUAUGUCUAUAAGAACAAAAGAAGGGCCAAGGUGGAACGACGAGGUAAUCUCAACCGUAUUAUGAUUGAUCUCUAGGUUGUUUUAAUGGCUCCGAAACAGAUGAUCCGAGUGAUGAGAGGUACCAUAUGAAGAAAGGACAGUUGUGGAAACAACCAACGACUACGCUGAGGUGUGAGGAUAAUGGAUUGCAAGUUUAUAAAUGUCAUCCAUCUCCCAAGGAAUCACCACAUGUGGGAACAGCCUGGUUCGACAAGGAUAAUGUGCUCAAUUUCUGCCAAUUCAACUAA